UGAUGGUUUCCGAAGACUUUAAUAUAGAAGCUCCCAAUUAUUUGUCUAAGGAAUCUGAAGUUCUUAUUUAUGCCAGACAAGAUUCACAGUGCAUUGAUUGUUUCCAAGCUUUUUUGCCUGUGCACUACCGCUAUCAUCGGCCACAUAGUAAAGAUGGAGAAACCUUUAUUGUGGUCAAUAACCCUGAUUUAUUGAUGUAUUGUGACCAAGAGUUUCCAAUUUUGAAAUGCUGGGCUCAGUCACAAGUGGCAGCUCCUUGUGCUUUGAAGAAUAAGGAUAUAUGCCAGUGGAACAAUAUGAAAUACAAAUCAGUAUAUAAGAACGUGACUCUACAGGUUCCAGUGGGACUAACUAUACAUACCUCCUUAGUGUGUUCUGUGACUCUGCUCAUUACCAUCCUGUGUUCAACUCUGAUCCUUGUGGCUGUUUUCAAAUAUGGCCAUUUUUCCCUAUAAGUUUUGUGGAGCUUAAUGCUUCCCAUAAACCUAAA